AACCCAUACCGCCGCUGACUCGCCUCCUCGGUCUUUGUCUUACCUCUGUCCAAAUGGAAGCGCCGGCGUUCUCCUCCACAAGUAGGUAUCGUCUUCUCCCAUGUCGUCCUCUCUCGCGUGGCUAUGCGGCGUGGAGUCCGGGAAAACCCUACUUCGAACGCAGGAUUUCUCUAUCUGUUCGCGCUUUCUCCGAGGACUCGACUGUUACUCUUCUUGACUAUGGCGCUGGCAAUGUCAGAAGCGUGCGGAACGCCAUUAGGCACCUUGGCUUUGACGUCAAAUAUGUAAACAAACCAGAGGAUAUUCUUAAUGCAAAGCUCCUUGUUUUCCCUGGGGUUGGUGCCUUCGCAUCUGCAAUGCAUGUCUUAACUAACAAUGGGUUGGCAGAAGCACUCUGUACGUAUAUAGAGAAAGAUCGUCCCUUUCUGGGCAUAUGCCUUGGUCUUCAACUGCUUUUUGAAUCAAGUGAGGAGAAUGGUCCAGUAAAAGGUCUUUGGCUUGAUUCCUGGUGUGGUUGGACGUUUUGACUCAUCGAACGGCCUUAGAGUACCGCAUAUUGGGUGGAAUGGUGUGCAGCUAACCAAGGAGUCAGGAAUUCUGCAUGAUAUUGAAGGCCAACAUAUCUACUUCGUUCAUUCCUAUCGUGCUUUGCCUUCAGAUGCUAACAAAGAUUGGGUUUCAUCAACAUGUAAUUAUGGUGAUACUUUUAUUGCUUCUAUAUCAAGGGGAAACGUUCAUGCUGUCCAAUUUCACCCUGAAAAGAGUG